UAUUCAGGACUCUGUGUAUAAUUUAUUAGGGGACCCAAUCACAUAUGCCACUCGCCGGCUGUUCUCGGUCUCUCGCGCCCGGCAGGGAAGAAGGCAUGCGAAAGAGAGAGAGGAAGAGAAAGAGAGGGCCGCCACGACACGAGGGAGGGCCCACGUCGCUUGGGGGGAGCGACACGGAAGGGCACUGCGCCGCAUGCGCGAGGGCACGCCCCCAGAGGAGGGGGCGGGGGGAAAGAGAGUGGGCCAUGGGAAUGAGCAUGCGCGGCGGGCGCUUACUUGGAGCUCAGGAGGACAACCUCGAACUUGAGCUUGGCGUUGCGGGGGAAUGUCAGGCGGGGCACCGGCGGCACCGUAGGCGAGCGGGGCGGGGAUGGUCAGCAUCCGGCGACCACCGGGGCGCAUGCCCUCGACACCGAGGUCCCAGCCGCGGAUGACCUCGCCGGCACCGAGGCGGAAGGAGAAGGGCCGGCCACGGGGGAGGUUCGAGUCGAAGACCUUGUUGUUGCUGGCCAGACGCCCGGUAUAGCGGACGGUGACGUUCUGCCCGCGGGUGGCAGGCUUGCCGGAGCCGACCUCGACAUCCUCGACGAUGAGGCCAUUGCCGAAGGUCUUGACCAUGGGCUUGGGGGCAGCCUCCUUCUUGGCGGCGGCCUCCUUGGCAGCGGC